AUGUUUGUAGCUGUCACAAGUGCAUUUGGCGGACAGCCGCGGAGCCGGCGGGGGGGCCGGGGCAUGGGCGGCUCCCUUGCUUUCGCACGUCUGGCCGCUGGCUAUAAUAGCAUGGGAGUCAGGUUGGGAAUCGGGUCUAAAAAUGAUGGGUUGACGGUUUCUCUGCGCCAUCUGUCAAUUUCUGUCAUUUCUGACAUUGCUGUCGGGGGCUGCCUUGGAGACAGCAGCAUUGGCGGCGCUCAUGGCGGUCCAUGCCAGAUUGGCCCGAUGGCGCCAUGUGUGCAUGUGUGGGUGGACUGGUUGUGGGCGCGGACGGGUGGCAGCCAGGCGUGGCUUUUGUGCUGCAGUUUGGAUGUGGAUGGCGAUGCUGUGGACAUGCUGCCUCAGCACAGCGUUUUCUGCCGGCCAUCGAUGUGGCAGCGGGCCUUAUGGGCCGCGGGGGAGGAGGCGCGGUCGCCUAGGCAGCCGGCUCCUGUGCCAAACUCGUAG